AUGGUGGUGAAAAAGGAAGUGGAAGGGAGAGGGAGCAGUUGUGGUAGUAAGAAGAUUGGAGACGAAAGGCUGAACAAGGGAGGAAUUGCAAUUGCUAUGUUGGCGAGAGGAAAAGUUGCCCAAGUGAGAAGUGGGUAUCUUGCCUUAUCCGGGAAUGUGAAGGAAGAGGAGGAGCAGGAGGAGGAGGACGAGAAGGAGGAGGAGGAGGACGAGGAGGAAGAG